GGGAUCCAGGAUCAGAUGUUGUCCACAGCUCAGCAGAUGCUGCAGGGCAGCCGCUCCAAGAUGGAGCUGAUCCGGCUGCAGAUCCUCAAAGCGGCCCAGGCUGGCAGCAGCAGCGGCGCCGAGGACGGGAACCAGAACGGCUCCAGUCCACGAGGUCAGGGAAGUCCUCCGCCCUGCGGCCGCCCUGUGGACGCCCGAGUGGCCCGGCUGCAGGACUACAUGCAGAGGGAGAGGGACGCCCUGCUGCUGGCCAGAGACGUGAGGAAGCAGCUGGAGGGGAUCUCCUCGCUGGACCACAAGGCUCUCGCUGAGGCUCAGUGUCGGGAGCAGGAGUCCUCUCAGAGACUGGACCUGCUGAGACGGUCUCUGGAGAAAUGCCUGGAGGAGAAGAAGCAGGACCCUGCAGCAGAGACCGCCCCUGCAGGAGGACCGAGGUCCCCCCGUCCAGCGGGUCCGCUGUUCGCGUCCCCGUCCAGGCUGUCCAUCAGACCUGCGUCUUUAACGGGGAAACUGCAGGUGCAGCUCCUGGGAUGUGAGGAUCUGCUGCAGCCGGUGAGGGACCCGAACCGGGACGGCGCUCUGCAGACGCCCGCCGCCCAGGUCGGCGCCGUGCUGCGGCUGGACGGACGGCCGGUGGGUCGGACCAGCUGGGAGGAACCCGGACGGCUGAGCUGGGAUCAGAUCUUCGUCCUGCAGCUGGAGCGGUCUCGGGAGCUGGAGGUGGACGUCUUCUGGAGCCAGCCCAGGGAAAUGUGUGCCGUCAGGUUCCUGCGGCUGGAGGACAUGAUGGACGACGCCGGCUUCAACGUGGCGUUAAGUCUGGAGCCUCAAGGCCUCCUGUUCGCUCAGCUUCGAUUCAUCGACACAGUGAUCGAACGACAGCCGAGGCUGAGACGGCAGAGAUGCAUCUUCACUAAAGAGAGAGGAAAGAACUUCCUGCGGGCGGCCCAGAUGAACAUGAACUUGGCCACCUGGGGUCACCUGAUGAUGAGCAUCGUCCCUCGCUACAGCUCCUUCAGCGGCUUCGGCUCGUCCCUGUCCACGCCCCUGGACCUGCUGACGGACACACACUCCUCGGACACACACUCCACGGACAGGGAGACCGCCGCCCCGCCGCCCAGAGGCGCUCCAGCAGUCAGCAUCGACACCACGGAGGACGAGCGUCCGGACGGCGGCGCCACACACACCGCCGCCCCUCAGUCUGCAGCGCCGGGAGAACCGACACAGAGCUGGAGCUUCGUCCUCAGCCUGGUUCUUCUCCCCAGGAUGCAGAUGGAGGAUUUUAAAUACAUUUCGGUUCUGGGCCGAGGACACUUUGGGAAGGUGCUGCUGGUGGAGUUCAAGAAGACGGGACGGCUGUACGCCAUCAAGGCGCUGAAGAAAACAGAAAUCGUCUCACGGGAUGAAGUGGACAGCCUGAUGAGCGAGAAGAGGAUCUUCGAGAUGAUCAACGCGUCCAGACACCCCUUCCUGGUCCAGCUGCACGGCUGCUUCCAGACCGCCGACCACCUCUGCUUCGUCAUGGAGUACCUGCCGGGCGGAGACCUGAUGAUCCACAUCCACAACAGCGUCUUCUCCGAGGCCCAGACCAGGUUCUAUUCGGCGUGCGUCCUGCUGGGUCUGGAGUUCCUGCAUCUGAAUAAAAUCAUCUACCGAGACCUGAAGCUGGACAACCUGCUGAUGGACGCAGACGGCUUCGUGAAGAUCACCGACUUCGGACUCUGUAAAGAAGGGAUGGGCCACGGGGAUCGCACCUCCACUUUCUGCGGGACUCCCGAGUUCCUCGCCCCCGAAGUGCUGACGGACGACAACUACACCCGGGCGGUGGACUGGUGGGGGCUGGGCGUGCUCAUCUACGAGAUGCUGGUUGGAGAGUCUCCGUUCCCCGGCGAGGACGAGGAGGAGGUGUUUGACAGCAUCGUGAACGACGACGUCCAGUACCCGCCGUCCCUCCCGCCCGACGCCGUCGGCAUCCUCCAGAAGCUGCUGAAGAAGAACCCGGCCAAGAGGCUCGGCGCCGGAGAGCGGGACGCCGGCGAGGUGAAGGGAGACGGAUUCUUCCAGAGCAUCGACUGGGAGGCGCUGCUGGCCAGGAAGGCGACGCCGCCGUUCCUCCCCGCCAUCCGAGACUCCACCGACGUCAGCAACUUCGACGGCGAGUUCACGCGGCUGCAGCCCGUCCUGUCGCCACCGGCCACGCCCUCCGGCCUGUCCGCCCAGCAGCAGGACGCCUUCGCAGACUUCGACUUCUGCGCCCUGUAUGGGUGA